AUGUGUGCCACGAAAACAUACCCCACACCAUCACACCACCACCAGACUGCAAUGCUGACACGCGGCAUGAUGGAUGCAGACUGUGAAGGGAUCCAGAAUGUGGAAGGGAUCCAGACUGUGGAAGGGAUCCAGACGGUGGAGGGGAUCCAGACUGUGGAAGGGAUCCAGACUGUGGAAGGGAUCCAGACGGUGGAGGGGAUCCAGACUCUCAAACCAACCCACCUCAAACCAACUCACCUCAACCCAACCCACCUCAAACCACCUCAGCUCAAACCAACCCACCUCAAACCAACCCACCUCAACCCAACCCACCUCAACCCAACCCACCUCAACCCAACCCACCUCAAACCACCUCAGCUCAAACCAACCCACCUCAAACCAACCCACCUCAACCCAACCCACCUCAAACCAACCCACCUCAACCCAACCCACCUCAACCCAACCCACCUCAACCCAACCCACCUCAACCCAACCCACCUCAAACCACCUCAGCUCAAACCAACCCACCUCAACCCAACCCACCUCAAACCACCUCAGCUCAAACCAACCCACCUCAACCCAACCCACCUCAAACCACCUCAGCUCAAACCAACCCACCUCAACCCAACCCACCUCAACCCAACCCACCUCAACCCAACCCACCUCAACCCAACCCACCUCAACCCAACCCACCUCAAACCACCUCAGCUCAAACCAACCCACCUCAACCCAACCCACCUCAACCCAACCCUCCUCAACCCAACCCUCCUCAACCCAACCCUCCUCAACCCAACCCAGCUCAACCCAACCCACCUCAACCCAACCCACCUCAAACCAACCCACCUCAACCCAACCCACCUCAAACCAACCCACCUCAACCCAACCCACCUCAACCCAACCCUCCUCAAACCAACCCUCCUCAAACCAACCCACCUCAACCCAACCCACCUCAACCCAACCCACCUCAACCCAACCCACCUCAACCCAACCCACCUCAACCCAACCCACCUCAACCCAACUCACCUCAACCCAACCCAGCUCAACCCACCCCACAGACCAGAUGUUUCCAGUCAACGCUGUGAGUGGAGGUGA